AUGAGACUGUCCAAGCAGCUGGAGAAUCAAAGGGAAACAGAGGGACCAGAAGGAGCAAAUAUGUCUGUGGCUGCCGAUUUGAAGAAGGAGAUAGAGUAUACACAAGGAACCAUCAGUGAAGAGGGAGGAAUAAAAUUCAAGAUUUUUGGGAUCCCCACUCCUACCAGGUGUUGUACCCCCAGCACCAGGGUGGGUUGUGUACUCGGUAGCAACCUGUUGGCCAAGAACGGGUGUCACCAGUGGGUGUCGCUGGUGUCAGCCAGCCUUAAAAUAGGAAGUUGGCUACGUGCCAGACAGGUGCCAGUUUCCGUGGGCGGCCAGAGUGUUUGCUGGGCCCAUGUGUGUGUGCGUGUUUGGCCAAAGUUACGGGAGGCCUUGCUGUUUGCCAUUGGGCAAAUAAAGAUCUGUGUGGAGCUGUGUGUGUGGGGGUUGCGACGCACAGCAGGAGCAGGUGCGCUGGUGGUAACGGUGACUGGCCUUUGUGAACGCUUUCUCCCGGCCAUGAAUGACGAGGAGGAGAAGCAGGCCAUGGCGCAGCGCAUCAAAGAAUUGGAAAAUGAGCUGGCGGUGCUCCGUGCGGCCAGCCCGGACUCUGAAACUCCAUCCACUUCCACCGGAGGAACAAGUGGCGCAUCUGCUCUCCCAAUGAGGCAGGCUCCUGUCAUAUAUGUGCAGCAAGACCGAAAGCUGCCCUUGUUUUCGGGGAAACUUGAUGGCGCCAAUAAUCCAGUCUGCGACUCCUGGGCUGAGGAAAAUCUUGAAGUACUGCCAGAUGAUGGAGGCUAUGGCUGGUUCUCCAGAUCCGCAUCCAGUGAGAGUGCAGGACUUUCAGAGGCCCUUUGUUUUGGAGGUUGA